GUCGUAAUUUGCAGCUAGCAAUCCUAGCUAGCUAGUUAUCCGAAGAUGGCGGCUUGUAGACGUGUUCCUCGUCUCCUGCUUUUGAUGUCUAUCCUUUUGUAUGUGCAUCCCAUUCGAGAGGAUAAAUAUCAGAUCAAUGGAGUCGCCAAGCCUCCAGUUAGUGUUGUUAUCCCGGCUCAAAAUCCAGGCGGAGUACCGGCUGCUGUAAACGGAGCUCCAGUACUCGCGGCCCUGCCACUUCGUAGACGCAUUAGCGGCUGGAAGCUGGCGGAAGAGGGGGCUUGUCGGGAGGACUUGACAAGGCUUUGUCCGAAACAUUCCUGGAACAAUAACCUGGCUGUGCUUGAGUGCCUCCAGGAUAGGAAAGAGGAAACAGAGAUUGCUGCUGACUGCAACCAUCUCCUUUGGAACUACAAACUGAACCUGACGACCGACCCCAAGUUUGAGUCUGUGGCUGUGGAGGUGUGCAAGACCACCAUCACCGAUAUAAAAGAAUGUGCAGCGGAGGAGAGAGGGAAGGGCUACCUGGUGUCCUGCCUGGUGGAUCACCGCGGUAACAUCACAGAGUACCAGUGCAACCAGUACAUCAUCAAGAUGACCAGCAUUGUGUUCAGUGACUACCGCCUCAUCUGUGGCUUCAUGGACAAAUGUCGCGAGGAUAUCAACACCCUGCACUGUGGCAGCAUCUCCACCGGCGAGAAGGACGUGCACUCCCAAGGCGAGGUGAUAGCGUGCCUGGAGAAGGGUCUGGUCAAGGAGGCAGAGGAGCAGCCCGGGGCCCACGCCAUCGGGGCCAACUGUAAGAAGGCCAUCAUGCGCGUGGCCGAACUUUCCUCAGACGACUUCCACCUGGACCGAUACCUAUACUUCUCCUGUCGGGAGGACCGUGAGCGCUUCUGUGAAAACACUCCAGCUGGAGAGGGCAGAGUUUACAAGUGUCUCUUCAACCACAAAUUUGAGGAGGCCAUGUCUGAAAAGUGCAGAGAUGCUCUGACCACUCGUCAGAAGCUGAUUGCCCAGGACUACAAGGUGAGCUACUCCCUGGCCAAGGCCUGCAAGACGGACCUGAGGAAGUACCGCUGCAGCGCGGACACAAACAUGCCCCGCGCCCGAGAGGCCCGCCUCUCCUACCUGCUACUCUGUCUGGAGUCUGCCGUACACAGAGGUCGUACGGUGAGCGGUGAAUGUCAGGGGGAGAUGUUGGACUACAGGAGGAUGUUGAUGGAGGACUUCUCUCUGAGCCCAGAGAUUGUGCUGCAUUGCCGUGGGGAGAUCGAGGCCCACUGCUCCGGACUCCACCGCAAGGGACGCACCCUGCACUGUUUGAUGAGGGUAGGCCGAGGAGACCUGGGCGCCAUCGACAACCUCUGCCAGAAAGCUCUCCAGACUUUGAUCCAGGAGGCAGACCCUGGGGCAGACUACCGUAUCGACCGGGCCCUGAACGAAGCCUGUGAGUCUGUUAUCCAGACUGCCUGCAAACACAUCCGCAGCGGGGACCCCAUGAUCCUGUCGUGUCUGAUGGAGCACCUGUACACAGACAAGAUGGUAGAGGACUGUGAACACAGGCUGCUGGAGCUGCAGUACUUCAUAGCACGGGACUGGAAACUGGACCCCAUCUUGUAUAAGAAGUGCCAGGGCGACGCCUCCCGCCUGUGUCACACCCACGGCUGGAACGAGACCAGCGAGAUGAUGCCACCCGGCGCCAUCUUCUCCUGUCUGUACCGCCACGCGUACCGGACAGAGGAGCAGGGACGGCGGCUGUCUCGGGACUGUAAAGUGGAGGUGCAGCGUAUCCUCCACCAGAGGGCGCUGGAUGUGAAGCUGGACCCGGAGCUGCAGAGGCGCUGUAUGACCGACCUGGGGAAGUGGUGCAGUGAGAAGGCAGAGUCUGGACAGGAGCUGGACUGUCUACAGGACCACCUAGAAGACCUGGUGUCAGAGUGCAAAGAUGUGGUGGGCAACCUGACUGAACUGGAGUCUGAGGACAUUCAGAUUGAGACACUGCUGAUGCGAGCCUGUGAGCCAGUCAUCCAGUCCUACUGUCACGAGAUGGCAGAUAACCAGAUCGACACGGGGGAUCUGAUGGAGUGUCUGGUGCAGAACAAACACCAGAAGGAGAUGAACGACAAGUGUGCCGUGGGCGUCACACACUUCCAGCUGGUCCAGAUUAAAGACUUUCGUUUUUCCUACAAGUUUAAGAUGGCCUGCAAAGAGGACGUGCUCAAGCUCUGCCCCAACAUCAAGAAGAAGGUGGAUGUAGUGCUCUGUCUGAGCACCACGGUGAGGAACGACACUCUGCAGGACAUGAAGGAGCAGCGUGUGUCUGUCAAGUGUCGUAAGCAGCUGAGGGUGGAGGAGCUGGAGAUGUCUGAGGAUAUCCGUCUGGAGCCUGAGCUCUACGACUCCUGUAAGCAGGACAUCGGGCGGCUGUGCCAGAACGUGGCCUUUGGAAACGCACAGGUGAUCGAGUGUCUGAAGGAGAACAAGAAGCAGCUGACCCAACGCUGUCACCACAAGGUGUUUAAGCUGCAGGAGGUAGAGAUGAUGGACUCAGAGCUCGACUACCAACUCAUGAGGGUCUGCAAGCCGAUGAUCCGGCGGUUCUGCACUGAGGCUGAUGCCAAGAACAUGCUGCAGUGUCUGAAACAGAACAAGAACUCUGAACUGAUGGAUCCCAAGUGUAAACAGAUGAUCACCAAGAGACAGAUCACACAGAACACGGACUACAGGUUGAACCCGGUGCUGAGGAAGUCGUGUAAGGCUGACAUCCCGAAGUUCUGCCAGAGCAUCCUGAACAAGGCUACAGAGGACAGCGAGCUAGAGGGACAGGUCAUCUCCUGUCUCAAACUCAAAUACGCCGACCAGCGUCUGUCGCCUGACUGUGAGGAUCAGAUUAGGGUUAUCCUGCAGGAGUCAGCUCUGGACUACAGACUGGACCCUCAGCUGCAGCUGCACUGCACUGAUGAGAUCUCUCGGCUGUGUCCAGAGGAGGCUGCGGCCCAGGAACAGACGGGUCAAGUAGAGGAGUGUCUCAAAGUCAACCUGCUCAAGAUCAAAGUGGAGGGCUGCAAGAAGGAGGUGUUGAACAUACUGAAGGAGAGUAAGGCAGACAUCUUUGUGGACCCUGUCCUCCACACAGCCUGUGCUCUGGACAUCAAACAUCACUGUGCUGCCAUCCCACCAGGACGAGGACGCCAGAUGUCCUGUCUGAUGGAGGCUCUGCAGGACAAGAGGGUGCGUCUGCAGCCAGAAUGUAAGAAGAGACUGCAGGACCGUAUCGACAUGUGGAGCUACGCUGCCAAGGUGGCCCCGGCCGAAGGAUUCUCAGACCUGGCCAUGCAGGUGAUGACCUCACCCUCCAAGAACUACAUCCUGGCUAUGAUUGGCCUGGGCGUGUGCGUUCUCUUCCUGUUCGGCCUGCUGUGCGGCCGCAUCACCAAGCGAGUAAUGCAGGAGCAGAAGAACAGGUAGAGAGGGGGGCCUCAGAGGGCCCCAACAGCAAAAAAAAAAACCUGGACAGGGCCCUCCCUCAGCAUAGCCCCAACUGCCCCCACCUCAGCCUGACUCCAUGUACAAACCAUCUUCCCCUACUUUCUCUCCCCCUCUUUUACCCCCCAAGCCUCCUCUACGUCACUCCCUGAGACUGGGCUCUAUGGGGAAGCCAUUCAAGCUUCCCUGUCAUCAUCGCUAUGUCGUCGGAGGGCCACUUUGGGGCCUGGCCUACAUUACCCACACUCCCCUAUGGUGGUUGGUCUCCCAGUUUUACUGGUGUGAGAGCCCACAUGCCCCAACUGUGAGACCGACACAUAACCCCUCCAACUCCACUCCAGUGUCUGACUGAUGAAAGCCAAGUCUUCACGUUAUGUUCUACAGGAGACGUCUAGAAGGACGAUGCCGCCACCUCUUAGUCCUCUAUCGCUCCACUGCUAACCAGCUAACGCUAACAGACCUGUACCGCCGGGCUAGGCCAGCCUGCUAGGCCAUAAGCAUUAUUUAUUGAUUUGGAUUCUGCUUUUGGUUUCUUUUGCAGUGUUUUUUUUUCUUUUUUCGCCUCAUUUAGAUGCAAUAUUUAUUUUUCUUUUAAGAAAUGUUGCAUUUGUGGGGGGUUGGUGGGUCAGAAGGGGAGGUGGGUUCUCAGUAAGCAUGAAGAGUUAUUAUGUGAGAAAGAACCUCUCCUUACUUAUGGCCUGCCUGAGAGGCUUUCAAUGAUUUCAGUACUGAUACUAUUUGUGUGUGUGUGUGUGUGUGUGUGUGUGUGUGUGUGUGUGUGUGUGUGUGUGUGUGUGUGUGUGUGUGUGUGUGUGUGUG